ACAACAAUAACACAGUAUUAUCAAUACCACGUGGUGAGCGGUUUCUGCUUCUGUUUAUAAAGAGAGAGCUUGUAGCUUAUAAACCAUUGGAAAAACAUAGCAGUGCCUAGAUGAGAAGGGAUUUUACAUACACUAAAGUGUAAUAUUGAUUCCAGAUAUGACAAAAGAAAUAGUCAUGGAAAAGGAAGAAGCCGAAAGGAAAUUAAGCGUUCCUAAAAUAUGUCAUGAUUUCGAAGGGGACGAAAAUAAAGCAACAGAAAGUAAUAAACUUUUACAGAGAAGAAAAAUGUUGAACUCUGAAAUUCCAAACUUGAAGACCCUGACAUUGAAUACAAAUGCUCACGGACGAUCAUGUUCCUUUCGCAAUCGACCGCGGCCAAAACUGUUAGACGUUGAUCUCGAUCGGCCAAGGAGAAGCAGUUUGCCAUCACCGGUCAGAAGCCAACAUCUUUCAGUUUCUUUUGAAGAUAUAAAUAGGCGUGAAACCACACAACAGCCGUUACAGCGUGUAAGGUCAUUUAAGACAACUUCAAAAGGUGGAAUAGUGAACAGGGGGGAUUCUUUCAAACGAAGUUCGAACAGUAUAAAUUCCACAGGAAGUGCUAUUGUAAAUACAGAUAAUGCAGUCAAUAGUGGACCAUCUAACAGGCCAAGAGCAAAUAGUACACAUUCAAAAGAAAGUGCUAAUGCCGAAAGUAUCGCCUCUUCAUCAGAAACACAAAUUUAUAAAGUAGCAAUGCUCGGAGACAAAGGAGUUGGGAAGACGUCACUGACCAACCAGUUUAUGACGUCAGAAUUUGUGGCAUUUGAGAACGACCAAGAUGAACCAGAGUCAGACAGACAUGUUACAGUUCUACUCAAUGCAGAAGAAUCUACUUUAGAAAUUAUUGACAGACCUAUGGAUAACCAGGAGCUAAGUGACCAAUGUUUCGACGCAUUUGCGGUUGUAUAUUCAAUGACGGACCGAGCCAGCUACCAGAUAGCCGUAGACCAAUUGUACAAUAUAAGACAUGAACUUUCUAUAAAGGAGAAGCCUACAAUAUUAAUAGCAAAUAAGAUAGACCUUGUUCGGAAGCGUAAAGUAACGAAAGAAGAAGCCAGAUCUGUUGCAAAACAAUACGACAGCAAGUACGCAGAAACAUCGGCUGCUCUAAAUCAUCAUGUGGAUGAGUUACUAGUCGGUAUACUGAGUCAGAUACGACUUACUCAUACACCUGAAAUGCAUAUGGAACGUCCAGAUUUUGAGGCGAGAUCUAGAGAUAAACUUGGUAAAUGUGCUUUACCAGGACCUAAAAGGUUGUUGAACUUUAUAUUCAAGAAACAUCACUCCAAAGCAUCGACACACGAGUGCGAAAACUUGUUUACACGUUAACUUAUAACUUAACAAGUAUUGGAAGUUUAACUGCACAAUAACUAAAGGAGUUUAUUUCCGGGAGAUAUAAUUUAAAGGUUUGAUUCCAUGAAAACAACGAGUAACGGUACUAUCCUAUUAUAAUAAAAUUUAUACAACGAUAACAGUUAGUUUAAAUUCUAGUUUAAUAUUAGAUUCCAUGCUAAUAAAAGACGAUUCCAUGCUAAUAAAAGACGACUUUGUUUCGCGUUUCUGUUAUAACAGAAUAGUAUUGUGCUAGUAAUUUGCCAAGCAGUGUACUGUGAGGGUUUUCUUGAUGUUAUCUGAAAUGUUCUGUUUAAAAGUAACUGAAUAUUACUGCUUAUAUAAAUACAUUUCAGUGUUUUAUAUUUCAUAGAUAUCUAAUAUUUUAAGGUUUGAAGAGAAGUUCCCCCAACUGUUGUCAUCAGAAUUACUAUGAAACACAUUUCAUUUUACAUAAUUAUUGUUUUAUCUAAUAUUUGUAAUAUUGGGGCAAUUGAGAAUUUGAGAGUAUUUUUUCACAUUACUUUAUAUAAGGUGUUAUAACAAUAAAAUUGUUUAUGGUGGCGUCAUGUUACUUAUAUGAGACUCAAAUUAUAUGAGAAAUGUUGAAGCUUUAAGGACAUUCAGAAAAGUUACAUAAUUCGUAUAUAUGAAGCAGUUUGGAGGAAUUAGAUACUAGUAAACAAUAGCGUAUCAUCGAGUAUUCGCAAAUCAUCGACUAAAUUCAGCAGACGUCUUUUACAAGUAAUGUAUUGGUGCUUGACUGCUUAAACUAUCGAUAAUUGCAUGGAGUAUUCUUUAACAGGUUGUAUAUUACCUCUCUUCAAUCAACAUAAACACCAUUUUGCAUAUCAAUAUGUCAUUUCUUAUUAUGUUUUUCCUAAUAAACUUUAAUAAACCUUC